UCAGACGCGCGGAGACCGCCGCCGAGUUUAGUUUAACCUCCGAAUUUCAUCACAAAUUAUUCCAAAUCCCCCAUCUCUCGUGAUCGUAAAAAAUCCCUCGAUAAAAAAUACUCCCAAAAAAUUCUAAACCAUCACCCAAAGUGAAACAACAAAAGUGGCAAAUGUACGUUCUCGAAUGAAAGUGAAUUGUGUAGUGAUAAAAGGUUUUGUGAAUUUGAUCGAGUGAAUAAAAUAGCCGGAUAAUUUUUCAUCUCAUCAUUUUGAAGCUGUGGAUUUUAAACGGCUGAGAAAAUGGGUUGCAUGUCGAGGUGUGCCAAGUACUUCCUCUGCUUAUUCAAUUUUGUCUUCUUCCUUGCUGGUGGUGCAGCGUUAACCGUAGGAAUAUGGCUCCUAGCAGACAGGACUUCGUUCACCAAUCUCUUCGCAAAAAUGGAUGGAGGAGACUUACUGACAAGGACUGAUGCUGAUGUCAUUAAGAUGAUAGCCUACAUUUUAAUAGUUGCUGGUGCCCUGACAUUUAUCGUCAGCUUUUUGGGAUAUUGUGGUGCCAUGUUCGAAUCAAGAUGUCUUCUCUGUGUGUACGGAAUUCUCAUUCUCAUUGUUCUCAUCCUGGAAUGUAUUGUGGUUGGUCUGGCAUUCGGUCUAAAAGGAGACGCUGAAAAGGGCACGAAAGAUUUCCUCAAGUCGACGAUACAAUACUACAACUCUAAUGAGGAUAAAACUGAGGCUGUCACAGCUGCGUGGGAUGGCGCCAUGAUUCAGUUGAAAUGCUGUGGUGUCGAGGAUUACAGGGAUUUCCAGCAAAAUCGGAAUUGGACGCUCAUUGGAAGAAUGGUACCAGAUUCUUGUUGCAAACGAGGAGAGGACGGAGGUCUCAUAGAUUCUUCGUGUCCCUCAAACCCGUCGGAGGAGAAUUCUUAUUUCCAAACGGGUUGUUACGAAGCUGUUGCCCGAGCAAUUGAGAAGAACAUCGGAAUAAUCAUCGGUGUAGGUGUGUCACUCCUCUUCGUUGAACUCCUCGUCACAAUCCUAGCUCUGUACCUCGCCUGCUGCUAUUGGCGUCCACAACAUGUUUAUCGAUGCGUAGAGCCACCCGGCAACGAGUAAACACACGGGAAUAGACAAAUGAGGGACGUUAAUUAGAUUUAUUGUUAAUUAUUAAUUUUUCUUGGUAAUUUGAAUUUUUUUACGACCUUUGUUCAGAGAUUGUAGAACGUUGUGCUCCCAAUUUGGAUUGUUUAUCCAAUGGAAAUGAGAAAAUGAUUUUUCAUUAUAUUUUCGGUUUUUUUUUGUUGUUCGGUUGUUAUUAGAUAAGACCAGAGUAAAGCCCGUGCAUGCCAGUGCAAUUACGAUGUAAUUAUUCACUGUAAUAUAAUGGAUUCAUCAGGAGAUUCACUUCGUUUGUUAAUAAUUUAUUCAUUUCGCUUGUCGAGAUGAUCGAAAAUUCAAUUAAUAAUGAUUUAAUUCUCGAGAGUUUGGAAUUGGAGGGAAAUUCAAAUCUCAAAGAAUUCAAAAAAGGGAAUUUAAUUCUCGGUUUUGAAAUUUAUUUCUCCGCCUUUUUGAAUGAUAAUUGGAAAAUGGAAUGGAUCUCCUCCAGAUAUUUUCGUUUCUCUGCUUGACAAUUGAAAUGGUUUCGAAGAGCCAGACAAUAACUCGGCUUAUUGCAAAAUAUUUUUCGCAGUUUAAUAAAAGUUUUCUAAUUCAUACAUUCA